GUGCUCGUAAUUUCCGUAGUUUUCACCGGGAAAUCCGCCGGAAUUGUGUUUCCAUUUAGCAAAGAGUGCAGUGUGGUGAUAGGAAGUGCGCCAGGUGCCGCCCACAAUGACGCAGUAUUUGCCCCCGAACUUGCUGGCGUUGUUCGCCCCGCGGGAACCGAUCCCGUUUCUGCCACCGCCGGACAACAGCAAGAAAAAGACCCAGGGCUACCUCGGGGUCGGCGCGUUUCUGGACCUGUUUGAGGAUCCGAAGGACACUCCGCCACCGACGAGGGUUGAAACCCGGGAAGAGCGGAUAGAGCGGCGUCGUCGGGAACGUGCCGAGCAGGUCGCGUACAAGCUGGAGCGGGAGAUUGCAACCUGGGACCCGAACCAGCAGCCCACGGCCACGGAAGAUCCGUUCAAGACGCUCUUUGUGGCGAGAAUCAACUAUGACACGUCGGAGUCGAAGCUGCGCCGUGAGUUCGAGAUUUACGGUGCGAUCAAAAAGAUCAUCCUGAUCCAGAGCAAGGAGUCCGGUAAACCGCGAGGGUACGCCUUUAUUGAGUAUGAGUACGAACGGGACAUGCACUCCGCGUACAAGCACGCCGACGGUAAGAAAAUCGAUGGUAAGCGCGUGCUGGUGGACGUCGAGCGCGCCCGCACUGUCAAGGGCUGGCUGCCGCGCCGGCUGGGCGGAGGUCUCGGCGGAACGCGCCGCGGUGGUCCCGAGGUCAACAUCAAGCACUCGGGCCGCGAGGACAACGAGCGCGAGCGAGAGCGCUACCGGAUGGAGCGUGAGCGCGAGGAUCGGCGGGAGCGGUUCGAGACGCCAAGAUUCGAGCGCCGCCGAUCCCGGUCACCCCGCGAUCGUCGCCGCCGCAGCAGGUCCAAGGACCGCCGCCGGAAGCGAGACAGCCGCGAGCGCGACCUGGACGAAUCGCCCGGCGCGGAGCGUAAGGAUCGCUGGGAGAGCAACGAUCGUCGGGAGCGCAGCCGGUCGAAGGAGCGACGCCGCAAGCGGGACAGCCGCGAGCGAGAGCUGGACGACGGUGGUAAGAAGCGCCGACGCAGCCGCAGCCGAUCGCGCGAGCGGAACCGUGACCGCAGCGAGAAAAAGCGAGACAAGCGUGACAAGGACCGGGAGCGGAAGGAGCGCAAGCCCGAGUUCCGCGACGUGGAGGUCAAGAUCAAGGAGGAACCGGCGGACGAAUACACCGAUUACAGCGUUCAGUACUCGCAGUACCCGGUCAAGAACGAGGACGGCGAAGAGGAAAAGUACCGACCGCAUGAGCACGACGGUGAAAAUGGGUCACGGGGCGCAAACACUGGUAGCGGUCAUCGUUACGGUGCAGUUGACCACGAAGCCGGCGGUCAGUACGACAGCCGGUACGGCGGGGGGUAUUGAACAUCAUGUAAGGUUUGAAAUUGGACAGUUUUUUAGGUAUCAAUUCUUCACAGCCGAGUUUUGCUUCCGCGGUUUGAACAUUUUAAGAAAUAUUUAGAUUUAAAUUAUAACCAUGAAAACAAAAGCAACACACAACGUGUAAAGGAUAAGUAUUUUGCGAGCAAAUUUUUGAACAAGUAGCAUUUUCGCAGGUAAUGUAUUUUUGACGGUACACACUUGAUGUUUUGUGCAAAAUGCUGCGAUGGCCGACCUUAAAAUAUAUACAUUUGAAUCGCCAAUUUCUGGUGGGGUUAUUCAAAGCUCUGCCAGACGAUUCUCACCCUCUCAAACACGUUCAAGUUUCCUUCCAUCUCCGGUGGAUUGCUCGGUGGUAUCGAACCACUGCCGAGUGAUCGUUUUAGCGUAGAAUUGGUUAAUGUAUGCUCCAAAGUAAGUAAGUACUGAAUAAACGAGUCGUAAAGGUUCACAGCAAA